AUGGCGGGAUCAUCUUCAUCAACCAAAAGAAAUAAUAACAAGUUGAUAAAGUGGAGCAAACUCUACUCCUUCUCAUGCACCAGACCUUCGGCAAACGACGAAAACGACAACAAUAGCUCGUCAGUCGUUUUGAGUUGUCGUCCGGGGUUUUCGCGGCUCGUCUUCUGCAAUGAACCUCAACGGCACUGGGUGAAGCCGUACAAGUACGGUAAAAACGACUUGUCGACGACUAAAUACAAUGUCGUUAGCUUCCUUCCCAAGGCCAUGUUCGAACAGUUCCGGCGAGUGGCGAAUCUCUACUUUCUUCUGGCGGCGGCUUUGUCGCUGACGCCGUUUUCUCCGUUUGACCCCGUUAGUUUGAUCGCUCCUUUGGUUUUCGUAGUUGGGGUUAGUAUGCUUAAAGAGGCUGUCGAAGAUUGGCACAGAUUUUUACAGGAUAUGAACGUGAACUCAAGAACAGUAGAGACUCACAUAGGAGGAGGUACAUUUGUGAACAAAGCAUGGAAAGAAAUGAGCGUGGGAGACAUUGUUAAAGUACACAAGGAUGAAUACUUCCCAUGUGAUAUUCUCUUGAUAUCAUCCAGCUUUGAGGAUGGAAUUUGUUAUGUAGAGACCAUGAACCUUGAUGGGGAGACCAAUCUCAAAGUCAAAAGAUGCUUAGAAGCAACACUAGGCCUCGACAAGGACCAAGAAUUCAGCGAUUUUCAAGCCAUGAUUCGUUGUGAGGAUCCAAAUCCUCAACUUUAUACUUUUGUUGGGAACUUGGAGUUCAAAAAUGAAUCAUUCUCAUUGUCCCCUUGUCAACUUCUCUUGAGAGAUUCGAAGCUUCGAAACACUGACUAUAUCUAUGGUGUUGUGAUAUUUACUGGAAAAGACACCAAAGCAGCAAGAAACUCAACCAUGGUUCCAUCUAAGAGAAGCAAGAUUGAGAGAAAGAUGGAUCAUGUUAUAUAUGUUCUGUUUUCAUUGCUGCUUUUGAUUUCGUUACUCACUGCGAUUGGUUUUUCUUGGCUUCUGAAGUCUGAGAUGGUUAAGUGGUGGUACCUCCGUUUAGAACAAGUUGUCAGUGAUGAUCUGCUUUUUAGACCAUCUAGGCUUAUGGUGUCUGGUUUACUUCAGUUUAUAAGAGCACUCAUAUUAUACGGCUACCUGAUCCCUAUUUCUCUUUAUGUCUCCAUUGAAGUUGUCAAAGUGUUACAAGCCAUGUUAAUCAAUAAGGAUAUGGAGAUGUAUGAUGAAGUGUCAUGUAAGUCAGUUCAUGCUCGAACUUCGAAUUUGAAUGAAGAACUAGGUCAAGUAGAAAUGAUACUCUCGGAUAAGACAGGGACUUUGACAUGUAAUCAGAUGGAGUUUAGGAAAUGUUCAAUUGCAGGAGUUUCAUAUGGAGGUGAUACCAAUGAAGUUGAUCUUGAAGCAUCCAGAAGAAUUGAAAUUGAUUCUUUUCAGUUUAGUAUAGAUGAUUUUGACACUACAAGAAGCCAAAGAUUUGACUUCUCAAUUGCUGAUAUUGGAACAGAAAUGGAAUUUUUAGGUGGCCAAAAGAGUAUCGGAAAUCCAAGUAAAGAAAACUCAGGAAUGCCUUUAUCUAAAAAUUCUAACCUCAAGGGUUUCAACUUUUGGGAUGAUAGAAUUAUGAACAAAAAGUGGAUUCAUAGCUCCAAUAUGGAUGAUAUAACAAUGUUCUUCAGGGUCAUGGCUUUGUGUCACACAGGAAUACCUGUUGAAGAUGAAAAUAGUAAUAAGCUUAAGUAUGAGGCUGAGUCACCAGAAGAAGUAGCUUUCCUAAUUGCUUCGCAAGAAUUCGGAUUCCAAUUUUUUCAAAGAACACAAUCCAUAAUACAUCUCAAGGAGUUGGACCCUUCCACCAGAAAGAAUGUCACUAGGGAAUAUAAGCUUUUAAAUCUAUUAGAGUUCAGUAGCUCAAGGAAGAGAAUGUCGGUUAUAGUAAGCAAUGAAGAUGGGCAAGUCUUUCUCCUUUGCAAAGGUGCAGAUAGUAUUAUUUUUGAUAGGCUGGCAGACCAUGGUAGGAAAUAUCAAGAGGAAACAACCAUACACCUUUCAAGCUAUGCAGAAGAUGGUUUUCGAACUCUAGCUUUUGCAUAUCGACUACUUGAUGUGUUUGAGUAUGAAAACUGGAACAAAAUAUUUACACAAGCAAAGACAACAAUUGGUCCUGAAAGAGAAGAGUUACUAGAUAACGCAUCUGAAAUGAUUGAAAAAGAUCUAACUUUGUUAGGAGUUGCUGCUAUUGAGGACAAGCUACAAAAGGGGGUUCCAGAAUGUAUAGAUAAACUUGCCCAAGCAGGGAUUAAAAUAUGGCUGCUCACUGGGGAUAAGAAGGAAACAGCAAUUAAUAUAGGAUUUGCAUGCAGUUUACUUCGGCAGGACAUGAAACAAUUUCAUUUGAGUUUGGGCAAAGAAACAGAAAGAAAUGGCCAACUAAAGGCUAUGAAAGAAGACAUUUUACACCAGAUUGAUAGUUUCUAUAGAGUCAUGGCAAAAGAAAAUAAUCUAUGUACACCCUUGGCUUUGGUGGUUGAUGGUAAAGCUCUUGAGAUUGCCUUGAAAAGUGAUGUGAAGGAUCAUUUCUUACAAUUGGCUGUUAUGUGUGCCUCUGUCAUAUGCUGUCGGGUUUCUCCAAAACAGAAAGCUUUGAUUACUAGAUUAGUAAAGGAACAUACUGGAAAGACAAUCUUGGCAAUUGGAGAUGGAGCUAAUGAUGCAGUAAUGGCCAGUGACUUCUCAUUGCCUCAAUUCCGGUUUUUAGGGAGACUACUCAUAGUUCAUGGUCACUGGUGUUACAAGAGAAUUUCCAAAAUGAUUCUCUAUUUUGUAUACAAGAAUAUUGCAUUUGGCCUCACUCUCUUCUACUUUGAAUUAUAUACAAGUUUCUCUGGGGAAGUCUUAUAUGAUGAUUGGUUCAUGACAUUGUUCAAUGUGAUCUUGACUUCUUUGCCGGUUAUAUCACUAGGAGUCCUUGAGCAAGAUGUUUCAUCAGAAGUGUGCCUUCAGUUUCCAGCUCUUUAUCAACAAGGACAAAAGAACAUACAUUUCACUUGGAGUCGAAUCAGUGGCUGGAUACUAAAUGGCGUCGUUUCUUCUCUUGUCAUCUUCCUUGCCAACAUCUACAUCCUCUCUCCAAACGCCUUUCUAGAGAAUGGAUUUGUUGCUGAUCUCUCACACCUAGGUACCAUCACAUACACCUGCAUAAUAUGGACAGUCAAUUGCCAAAUAUCUCUCAUCAUCAGCCACUUCACUUGGAUCCAGCAUCUUUUCAUUUGGGGAAGCAUCUUGUUUUGGUACACUUUCUUGUUUGUGUAUGGUGCACUCCCUCCUGCCUACUCUGAAGGAGGAUUUCGCCUCUUGGUGGAGUCUCUAGGAGCUUCACCAUUGUAUUGGAUGGUCACAUUGCUUGCUGUGGUUGUUUCUCUUCUUCCUUACUUUUUCCACAUUGUCAUCCAAAGAUUGUUCUAUCCCAUGGAUGAUCAUGUGCUUCAAGAGAUGAAGUACUGCAACAAGGAUGUUGCUGACAGUGUAAUGUGGCAGAGAGAGCAAGAGAACUCCAAGAAGUCAACACAAAUUGGGUUUUCUGCAAGAGUUGAUGCAAGGAUUCGAGAUUUUACAAAUAACUUACAACACAAGAAACAAGUAAUAUAUAAAUCAUUAACAAAAAGCCCUUUUUUCAAAUAAUUGUAAUAUUUUGUCGAUUCAUUUAGGCUAAGGAGUUCCAUAAUUGUAAUAUUAGUUGACUUA